CGACCUCAGCGUUGUGCCGUGGCUCGUACAAGCAAUUCUGCCACUCAGUGACAGACACCCCGGCGUCAGGAACCGAGCUCGAACUAAACACCAUCUUUCUUUUCGUUGCUGGCAAGCCAUGACGAUACCGCCCAGGUGAUUUGCCACAUCACGGGGAUAUUUCUAUAUCAUACUUUGUCAUUCUAUCAAUACCACGAAACCUCAACACGUGUUUCCCCCAUUCAGCCCGGCGACCCUGAACAUUUCCUUUCACGACGGGGUCCUUCCCAUCCCAGCGUCUCCCGGUCAGCGAUAACUUCUACAUACUUGGACGUGAUAUCCACCACCACAACACACACACACACACCAUCCAACCCACAAUCCGGAUUGUACCGCAAUAGUCCUCCGUAUCCGCCAACGCAACGCAACACAACACAACGGGCAACCCGGCAACAUCUGCCCACCAUGCCUUCCACAUUCACCGAUCCCGCCGGAGUCGCGCGUGACGAGCCGUUGUAUACCGUCGUCCACAAUGACAAGAAGCGGGUCGCCUACUUCUACGACUCCGACAUUGGCAACUAUGCCUACGUGACCGGCCAUCCUAUGAAGCCCCAUCGUAUCCGUCUUGCCCACAGUCUGGUCAUGAACUACAACGUGUACAAGUUUCUCGAGGUCUACCGUGCAAAACCAGCCGUUACUGCCGAAAUGACACAGUUUCACACCGACGAGUACAUUGAGUUUUUACAAAAGGUUACCCCCGACAACAUGGACGGCUUCAUGCGCGAGCAGGGCAAGUACAAUGUUGGCGAUGACUGUCCCGUUUUCGACGGCCUGUUUGAGUUCUGCGGCAUCAGUGCCGGCGGAAGUAUGGAGGGUGCCGCUCGCUUGAAUAGGGACAAGUGCGACAUCGCCAUCAACUGGGCCGGUGGUUUGCAUCACGCCAAGAAGAGCGAGGCUAGCGGUUUCUGCUAUGUCAAUGAUAUCGUCCUGGCUAUCCUAGAGCUCCUGCGUUUCAAGAAGCGCGUUCUUUACAUUGACAUCGAUGUGCACCACGGCGAUGGUGUCGAAGAAGCCUUUUACACGACGGAUCGCGUCAUGACCGUAUCCUUCCACAAGUACGGCGAGUACUUCCCCGGUACCGGCGAGUUGCGCGACAUUGGUAUCGGUUCCGGCAAGAACUAUGCCGUCAACUUCCCCCUCCGCGAUGGGAUUGACGACACCACCUACAGCUCCAUCUUCCAGCCCGUCAUUAGCGCUGUCAUGCAAUACUUCCAACCUGAGGCUGUUGUCCUCCAAUGCGGUGGUGACAGUUUGUCCGGUGAUCGUCUUGGCUGCUUUAACUUGAGCAUGCGUGGCCAUGCCAACUGCGUUAAUUACGUGCGGAGCUUUGGACUACCCACUCUGGUUCUCGGCGGAGGUGGCUACACCAUGCGCAACGUCGCAAGGACUUGGGCCUACGAAACCGGCCGUUUGGUUGGUGUUGAGAUGAACCCAGUCCUUCCUUACAACGAGUACUACGACUAUUACGGUCCCGACUACGAGCUUGAUGUGCGUUCUUCCAAUAUGGAGAACGCCAACAGCCCAGAGUACCUGGAGAAGAUCAAGAUAUCAGUGAUAGAAAACCUGAAGAAGACCGCCCCAGUUCCCUCUGUCCAGAUGCAGGACGUUCCGCGUCAGGGCUUCGGUAUGUCAGACGAUCAGGAAGACGAGCUUGACGACAUGGAUGAGGACGAGAACAAGGAUGUCCGGCGGACACAGCGUCAAUGGGAGAAGGAGAGAGCUAGGCAAGACGAGUUUGAAGAAAGUGAUGACGAGGACAUGGCUCAAGCCAAUGGUGUGUUCAAGCCGAACGGACCGCAGCGCCGGUCCAUUCUCGACUUCAAGAACCCCAAGGCCGUGGAGGACAUGGAUCUUGAUAUUGGAGAACCAGCUCCGCCCUCGAUUGCCGCCACCGCCGCCGCGGCCGCCGCUAAGCCAGCGGAGCCUACUGCUGUCGACAACGAUGAGACCAUGAUCGAUAACGACGAAGCCCAACCGGCCGCCGCUGAACCUGAAGCCGAAGCCCCCGCAACGACAGCCGCGCAGCCUGCAGUAAGCUCUGCGGCCAAAGUUGACGAAGAUGGCGAUGUGGAUAUGGGCGAGGCCGAUGAGAAGCCUGCAGAACCUGAGGCGGAGAUCAAGACCGAGGAAAUCGAGACUGCCCCUGCUCCGGAGCCGGAGGCAGAGCGCAGGCCAAGUCCCGCCGCCGCCACUGCGGAGCCUGCUACCGAGGCAGCAGCAGCAGCAGCAGCCUCUCCCAAGGCCGCCUCGCCGGUACCAGACGCCAACACUGAGAAGCCAGUGGCAGAAGAGCCAAGCAAGGUUGCCGAGGAGGCAUCCGACAAGGCACCGGCAGCAACAACAGAUGACAAGGAAAAGGAGGCCGAUAAGCCUCAAGAAUAGGACGCAACCCCCCGAACAAACACUCAGUACGUCUGAUAGCUCGGACUAAUCGGGCCCUGAGUACGUCGGCAAAUUUCAGUUGUGUUAUCCCAUGAGCAUGAUUGGCAUUGGCGUUUGGGGAUUUAGGGGUGUUGUGACGAGGAAAAUGUUGUUUUCAAUGAUUCCCCCACAUUACAUCCAGGCUCUUUGUUGUUUGUGUUUUUUCUUUCUUUUUUUUUCUUUUUUUUUUUUUCCUUUUCUUUUCUUUUUCCAUGUUUCGGAAAAGUUUCUACAAGUUAAGCGUCUAAUAAAGGUGACUUUAGCUAAACAUGGCUUGCUGAUAUGUGAUUGUGGUUUGGAAGCCAGGGAUGUUCACUAAGUGGUGAACGCUUGAUUAAACUUGUGCCACUUCCCUCACCCUCGUCUCCUGAAGAGCUUGAUUGAUCCUGGAUCGCCAAAGAUGCCCCGGCCUCCACUUCAGACAUCGCGUUGUAUCAUGCGGGGUUGCCCUGCGGAUCAGGACAAAGUCCAAUCGGGCGUGCAGUUUAUCCCCGCCAGUUCCUAUUAGCGGCUUCUUUAUUGGGGCGUUUCCUCAACCUUCGUUAUCCGGAGAACGAGGGACUGGACCCUUGGACUCUAGAAUAGUGUACAUACACAACCUCCAUUACUUCACACGUACGUAGGGGUAUGCAGGAGUUAUCUACAG